AUGGUAGAAAUGACAUUUGCAGAUUCAGGAAAAGUCUAUAAUACGAAGAAGUUCAUUGACAAAACAUUUUCUUUUAAUACAUCGAAAUUUUAUGAUCCGGCAAGAUUUACAAACAUACCGAAAUGUGUGUUUGUGAUUUUUACACGGAAAGGUGGUGGAGACAUGCUGGAAAAAGAUGUGCUACUAGAAAUAAGUUCGGUAGAUCGACUAAUUAAAAAUAUAACAAUUAAUCAUGAAGGAAUAAAAGUUGGAUAUUCAGAUAUCUGUGCAGGUGUAAACGAAAAAUGUUUUCAAAAUCCGAUUAUCGAGAUGUUGCCAGAAAUUGAUAAUAUAGUGCAGCGAAAGAAGAAAUUGAAGUAUCCGUUCGACAUAGAUCCGUUGACAUACCGUUCUCAAAUUAACUCUCUUAACUUUGGGGCAGUAACCGAAGAUGAAAACAAUUUAAUUAAAACAGUAAAUGCUAUGAGAUUAGCGUAUUUUACUGACGACAGCAACAAGAAAAAACACGGUGUGAUAGCAAAAUGGCAAACAGAAGUUUAUAAUCGAAUAAGAAAUCAUCAAUUUCAAUAUGUUCUGUGUUUCAUUGAUUACUACUGGUCAAUAGAACAGCAAAAUGUACAAUUAGUGGAAAAUAUAAAACCUAUGAUUGGUGCUCUAAUUGCAUUUGUAUCUGUUUUCACUGCUGUUACGUGUAUGAGCAACAAUUGGGCAAAAAGCAAGCCUUUUCUUGGUGUUGCGAGUGUCGUAUCGGCUGGUCUGGCCGUAGUCACCUGUUUUGGAUUUAUGUCGGUUGUCGGUGUACAGAAUAGUAUUUGGAACAUCACCAUUCCGUUUUUAGUUUUCGUCACGGAAAUCGAUGAUGCGUUCGUAUUAUUGGCGUGUUGGAGAAUAUCAAACCCCAAGCAUAAAGUACACAAACGCAUGGAAGAAACAUUCGGUGAAGCAGGAAUUUCUAUAACUAUAACAUCAUUGACUAAUCUGUUUUCUUAUUGCAUUGGAAUGAUGUCAUCUUUUCCUCUUAUAAGAAUGUUUUGUUAUUAUUCCGCAACCAGCAUAGUGUUUACGUUUUUGUAUCAGAUAACGUUUUUUGCAGGGUGCAUGGCAUUAUCAGGACGGAGUGAAGAGAAACAACGACAAAAAGCAUUUCGUUUUAAUUUAGGUAAUGUUGUUUGA